CUUCUCACCAUCCUCGCGUCUGGGCUCCCCACGUCCGCCUGCCCGACGCACUCUCUCCUCUGCUUUCCUCUACUGCAGACGCGCCAUUUCGUUCCCGCUCGACUGAUCACGUCCCUGCGCUCUCUGCCUCUGGCGCGCCGCCCGUCGCCCGCUGCCCGCCAUGGCGGCCGCCUUCGUGCCCGCGCGCUUCGAGACGCUGCAGCGCACCAUCCUCGGCGCCGUCGCCAGCCCGGCGCGUGUCGCCGGCUCGAACGAGUGGUUCGUCGCCAUCGAUCGCGCGCGCGCUGAGCUCGUCGACUUUGCCCGGCCGCGCCCGCCGAGCGAUGCUGAGCGGAGGGAGAUCGAGGGCGGCAAAGUCACCAUCGAGGGCGUGGCACACUCGCUCAAUGCCGACUUCGCACAGCAGACGCUGCUGCUCGCACGCACGCUGCAGGUCUCGGAGCGCUACGCCGCCUCGCUGCUGCAGGCCGGCCUCGCCGGUCGGGCGCGCUGGGGCCGCGGCGCCGUCGAAGUGGCCUGCAUCCUCUACCACCGCGAGCGCCUGGCGCUCAUCAGCUGCCUCAAGGAGCUGGUGCGCGGCGCCAUGACGCUGCCGCACGAAGAUGAUGCGGCGGCACGGAAGCUCGGCGCUCAGAUGCUGCAGCUGGCAGAGUCGCUGGUCGCGACCGAGGUCGAGCUGUCCGCUGGCUCCAAAGCCAAGGGCUCGUUCACGGCCCGCGUGCUGCAGGAGAUUGACGCCGUGAAGAAGGGCAUUCAGACGCUGUCUGCCUCCAACGAGGCAGUCGGCGCCUCAGAGUCGCUCGAGAUGAUGCACCGCGAGCGCCGCGAGCUGGGCCACCUGCUCUACCUCUGCGCGGUCGCGCGGCUCUUGCCGACAGAGUUCAUCACCGCCUGUGUCAACUGGCUUGCCGACAAGAGCGAGGACAAGGACGCGCUGACCUUCUACAUCCUCACGACGCUCCUUGCGCUGCUCGAGCCCGUCGAGGGCCGCGACUUUGACAUCGAGGACUCCGACCUGAUCAAGCUCAACAAGGAGAUUGUCACGCGGCAAUGGGCACUGCCAGAGCUGCAGAGCGUCGCGCAGCUGCAGUGGUCGCUCCUCAUCGCCACGCAGAGCUUCGGCAGCGUGCUGCAGAUGACCGAGGACAAGCUGCAGACGCUCGUCAUCGGUGCAAUUGCCGGGUCCGGCUCGGCGGGCAAGUCAAAGCGCGGCGAUGCCUUCGUGUUCCUCGUCACACGCGCACUGGCCUUCCGGCAGCGCGCGAUUGACGCCGUCGACGGCGAGGACGAGGUGGGCGAGGCAGAGGCCUCGCAGCCGUCGUUCAGCGCCGAGGAGGAGGUCGACGCCGAGUUCCAGGAGUACAUCCUGACUCAGGUGCAGGACCUCGUGCUGCGCGUCACCUCGGUGAUGCUGCCGUUCCUGCGCAAGCUGCAGCGCGCAGAGGAGGAUGCAGCCUUUUCGCCGCACCGCAGCGCACUGCGCAGCGGCGGCGAGCCACAAGAGCGCCGCUACGACAUCGAGGCGCUGUUUGACCUCGUUGCGCUGCUGUGCCGCGGGCGGCCCGAAGCAGGCCUGCCGUUCUGGCUUGGCCCGGCCGGCAAGGGCACGCGCUUCCUCGCCUGGGCUGUGGACGUGCGCGAGCAUGGGCAUCAGCGUGCUCUGCUCGAGAUGCUCGCUGCGCUUGCGGCGGGCCCGCAGAGCGCGUGGCAUGCGCACAGCCUGCUAUCGUCCGACGACGGCGUGCUCGGCCACGCCGAGGGACGACUUGUCUCCUGGACGCGGCUCUUCGAGUGGAUGCAGUACUACAUCGACGCCAUGCGUGGCCCGGGCUCCACGGGCCGCCCGUCUGUCGGCAUGCCCGCCGAGGAGGUCGUGCUGCUGCGCGCCUUCCUGCGCCUGCUGCGCAAUGUGGCGUUCUACAGCACGGCGACGCGCGAGGCCAUCUACGAGAACACCAACUACGCGGCGAUCCAGCGCCUCUUCUCGCUGUACAUGUGCUUUGUGCCUCUUGAGCUCAAGGCGGCGAUCCUCGACACGCUCGCCGCGUUUGCGCAGCCGUCGGGCUCCAGCGCAGCGCGCAUCGUCGGCGAUCUGUGGUCGAUGCUCGAGGCCUUGCAGGUCAUCGGGCCGUCAGGCGGCAACCGCGGCGGCGCAUCGCGGCUCGCGCUCGGCGGCGGCGGCAUGUUCGGCCUCAGCCGCGGGCCAGCGCAGGGCUUCGGCGGCGGCGUCGUGCAGGAGCUGGAGAACGUCGAGGUGCCGAACAGGCGCUACCCGGCGACCACCAGCUUCGUCAACUUCCUGCGCGCUCUCGUCCACGUCCCGUCGCCUGCUCGCGACGCCACGGGCCUCCUCGCGGCGCCGGAGGCGAACGCCGCCACGUUCGGCCGUGCGCCUUCGUCCUUCCAGAGCCUUGUGCUGAGCCUCGGACAGGGGCACCGCACGCCUGGUCUGGACCCGUACGUCGCCUUCGUCGUCGACACCGUCCUGCUGCAGGCCUCCAGCCGCGACACGGCGAACGCGACAGACAUGUGGCGCAUCAAGGCGGCCUGCCUCGGCUUCAUCGAGCGCUGCCUGGUCUCUUACGACCUGAUCGCACUCACUGCGGAGACGGACAAUGGCCGCAAGGGCUCCUCAGAUCCCGCCACGGUCACCGGCCUGCUGCUGCACCCUGCCUUCAAUCUGAUGAAGCGUUUGCUGACCAACACGUCGCUGCUCAAGGAGAUCUUCAACAUCAUCGCGCCGAGCGAGGACGCCGGCUUCGAGCUCAUCAACAGCAACCGCGCCCGCACCCUCUUCCAGGCCAGCUGCGUGCGGCACGCCAUGCGCAUCGUGCAGCGUGUGCUGCGCAUCCAGGACCUCUUCCUGCAGGUGCUGCUGCCCAUCUGCGCGGACGCCGCCGGCAGCGGCAGCUCCAGCAUCGGCGGCGGUCAGUUCCCUUCUGUUGACGUCGCAGCUCGCGUUGGCCAGCUGGGCGCAUACAACACGCUCGACACGCAUCUGCUGCACGAGCACCGUGCCGUUGUCCAGAUCGCGCUGUACAUCAACUGCCAGCGCGACGACAUUGCGCUGCUGUCGGUGCGCCUGCUCGGCCUCAUCGCGCGCAGCGCUGCAUUCAGCGCGCUUGACCGCUUCGGCGAGAUGGGCUACGGGCGCAAGAUGAACCGCCUCGUUGGCCUUCUCGACAUGAUGAGCGAGUCAGACCGCGUGCGCGCCGGCUACGUCGAGCGCCUCGAGGCGGAAGGCGCAGACGACGUCGGUGCCUUUGCGCUCGAGAGCCUCACGUCGCUCGCUCUGGAGGAGGACGACCCGUCUGCGCAGCUCGGCGGCGAUCUGGAAGGUCUUGCGGCUCCGCAAGUCGAUGCCAGCGAGACUAUCCGUCUCGCGAUCCUCGACCUUCUGCUCGCCAACACGACGCAAAGCAAGGCCUCGCCGAACGUCGCGCACCUCAUCCUCGGCUUUGACCUGCGCGCAUCGGCAGAUGCCAACUCGCAGGUGAUCCCGGACCCCGACUCUCCCGACACACCACGGGGCACGCUGCACUCCAUCCUUGCGAUGCUGCGCCCGGCCUCCGCCGGCAGCGUCUCGCUGGCUGACCGCGCGCCUGCACUGGCGGAGAAGUGCCAGGCUCUUGUGGCCCAGCUCUGCAAGCACCCAUUCUCGAGUGCCGCCACGCUGCGCUACUUGCGGACGCGCGAGGACUUCUACGUCAAGCAGCUGCGCAGCGCCGCCUUUGUGCCCGCAGAGCGCUCGACUGGCGAGGGCGUGCUGGGCGAGGUCGUCUUUGCGGACGGAGGGCGUCUGGCCUCGUCGGUCGAUGCGCUCAUCGCGUCGCUCCGCACCCGCGCGCACCUGCUCGACGGCGUCGCGCUCGAGCUGCACACCCUCUCGAACGGUAACAUGCAGGCCGCAGCUGCCCGCCUGGUUGCCGUUCUCUUCGGCACCAGCGCGGUGAGCGGCGUGUCCGGCCUCACUGCGCAGGACGACGAGGACGAGAGCUUGCUUGAGGACGACGGAUACCUGCCCUCUCAGGGCGCGCAGGGAUCCGCAGCCGGCUUCGAGCAGCGCGGACUGCGCAUCCUCGAGCUGCUGCAGAGCCUCGAUUUCGAGUGGCACGACGAGCGCGAAGCUCUCGGAGCUGAGCUCUCGCUUCUCGCGAACAUCGACAUUGCGCAGGCACGCCGGCCUGACGGCGAGGCCCUUCGCGAGUUCGACGUUGGCGCGACACUGGCACUGCUUGGCGCCACACGUCGCGAGCUCGAGCGCCGCGGCGAGAUGGUCGAGCCGCGGCAACGGGCGGCCUUUGAGCGGGAAGCCGCCAUGGUGCUGCAGUUCGUCAGCGCUCGCAAUGCCCUGCGCGCAAUCGCACACGCCCGACGCACGGCCAUGCAGGCCUGGCGCCACGCGCUCGACAUGGUGCUGGCCCGCGCCGCGCACCUCUUCCGGCCCGACAUGCAUGGCGUGGUGGUCUUCGACUGCCUGGCCGCGCUGCUGCCGCGCCUCUCUGGGCCGUCGCCCGAGGCAGACCCCGCGCUGGGCGAUCUCGUCGCUGGCGCUGUGCUGGGUCUGCUCACGAGCCUGCGCCUUCACCGUGCUAGCACCAGCUCCGCUGCUGCGGCGCUCGAGACGGACGGACCGGAUGAGCUGCCGAUCGACCGCCUCGUCACCACGCUCCGCGCUCUGCUGGCCGCUCUCGUGCGCCCUGGCACCUCCAUCCUCGCUCGCGGCAACCUCUACACCGCCCUCAUCAACUACCUGCAGCUUGUUCGCUCGGACCCGAGUGCUGAAGGCGACGGAGCUGCGCUGGACAACAUGACGGACGAUGCCGGCUCUGUCUCGUUCAUCGACGGCGACUUUGACGACGCUGCAUCGCUCGGUGGCAGCGUCAGCGCGCGGCUGGGCACGUCGUCCGUCGCCGAGACUCGCACACGCGCUCUGGUCGCCUCGCACCUGGACCGCCUCGUCCCGAUCCUUGCGCGCGAUGCGCUCGACGCCAUCGACAUCUGGCGGACAGUCGUGUACACGCUCUGUGACAAGCUAUCGGCGCUCGAGACCAAGCCCAGCCGCUCAAGCGGCAGCAGCGGUCCGAAUGCACGGGCGCUCGAGAUCCUAAGCCGGCAAGGCUUCCUCAAGACGUUCGUUGCCGGCCUUCGCGACAUGGACAUGGCCCUGCAAGAGGUGUUGCGGCCGGAUCCCUCGAGCCUGAAUGCGCUGUACGUCUAUGGCGCACAGCUCGCCUUCUUCAGCCGGCUGGCGCAGUCGCGGGCCGGCGCAGAGCGGCUCAUCGAGGCGCGCAUUUUCGAGGUGCUCGCCCAGGCCGACCACCUCUCGGCACGACCAGAGCAGGACCAGCACUUUGUCGACCUCGACAGCUUCCUGCCUGCGGCCAUGGAGCGGUACGACGCGCUGCUCACGCCGGCGCUGCAGCUGUGCGUGGCGACGCUGUCGAGCACGUCGCAGCGGCACGCGCGCGCUCUGGCUCCCGCGAGUGCCAAGGCGAACGGCGCCUUCUCUUCCUCGUCGUCUGCGCCUCGGCAAGCACUCGCUUUUAUCGAGGCGCACCGCACGACGCUGCUCACGGUGCUCAAGGUGCCGACGGCCGACACGACGAGCCUGGCCGCCAUCUCGCAGGCGCAGCUGCUCGUUGCCAUGUUCGUCUUCAUCCUCCCCGCGCUCGACGACGAUGCGCUGGCACCCGGUAGCCCGCUGGCCGGCUUCCACUCGGCCGUGCUUGCGCUGGCCGCCAGCUUCCUGCACGUGUCGGCUUGGCGCGAGCGGGUGCUGCCGCAGACCGAGGCUGAGCGCGAGGACGCCACGCGCAUCUUCCUGGCGCCCGGCCAGCAGGGUGCGAUGGAGGAGGACAGCGUCUUUGACACCUCUGCGCGCGUCGUCGUGGGCCGCCUGACAGCGUCGCUGCUGGCAUAUCUCGAGCUUGCGAGCGAAACGCGCGGCCGCCCGGACACGACUCGGGAAGCAGGCGCGAUGCGACUGCGUGUGCGUCCGUGCCUCACCGCCGCACUACAGGCGCAAGGCUGGCGCGGCGGGCAGGACCGGUACGACGACGAGACCUCGCGCUUCGGCGCUGGCGGCGCACACCUACGCUCCGCCGGCAGCUCGGUACCGGGCCUCGGCAGCUGUCUGGCCGCCCUCGAGGAGCAGGUCACUGGCCUGGAUCGCGAUCUGCAGGGCAUCGACUCGAGCAGCGCAAUGCUCGAGCAGCCCGACGCUGUCACACUCCAGGAGUGGGAUGAGAUCGUCCGAGACGUGCUCGGCAGCGAGGAGCUCGAGCUCAGCCUUGGACCGGCGCAGCGCCGCACCCUGGCGAUUCGCGAGCUCAAGCAGCGGCGCAUCCUCAUGCGCUCGUCCGCACUGGCCAAGCUUGACGGCGUCGAGCUGCUCCUCGUGCUGCUCUACCGGCACUUUGAGUACUACCUCUCGCUGCCGCCGAGCGCGCUGCGCCUCUCGCUCGUCGACCCGGCAGCAGCAGCAUCGCGGCGCGCCGGCAGCACGCUCUUCUCGGCGUCGACGCGCGGCGGCGAGUCGGUGAGCGGCAUCGGCAGCGGCGCAGCUGCCAACAGCAGCAGCAGCAGCAACGACCAGGCGGCGCUGGUGCGCGACGGCCUGGCGAUGGUGUCGCGCGUGCUGGAGCGCCUCGAGCCUGUGCUGCUCGAGCUGGCCAAUGCGCCGCUGCCGCGCGCAAAGGAGCGCUGCAGCUUCAUCCAGAUGGCCGGCCGCCGCCUCGUCGGCACGCUGCAGCAGAAGGCCGAGCAACUAGAGCUCUGAGGCACCCUACGUAAUGCACACAUCUUCUUCACGGCCGAGUGCAUGCGCCGU